AUGGAUGUCCUCAACAGUUGGCUUUUCUCUGUUUGGCUCCUCUUCCUCUUAACAGUCCAUGAGACUACUGGCCAUAGGAUCAGUGGCACUGAAGGAAAAAAUGUCACUCUACCAUGCAAAUAUGACUAUAGAUAUCAUGGACAUCUUACCAUAUGCUGGAUGAGAGGAGAAAUACCUGCCACUGGGUGUGGGGAUCAAAUCAUCUCAACUGACGGGAAAUCAGUGACAUGGAGAAAGUCAGAAAAAUAUCAGUUAUCUGCUAAACUACAGCAUGGGGAUGUGUCUAUGACGAUCCUCAAUGUAAGACUGUCAGAUUCUGGGAUAUAUGGCUGUCGAGUACAUGUGCCAGGCUGGUUCAAUGAUGAAAAAACCAGACACUCGUUGACCGUUGAGAAAGCACCUGUCCCAACACAAAAAGACAAUUUGUUAACGUCAAGUGUUCCUGAGGAGACUACACAGACGCAGACAAUUAACUCUACACAGGAUUACCACCCAUUUAAUGAAACAGACCCUACUAGCAUACCCUCACCUCAAUAUAUAGAGGAUGCACCAGCAAGUGAAAAUCCGAAUCUUGCUGUCAUUGUGCCUGUGGUUGCAGUAAUGCUGACUGUAAUUGCCAUGCUAAUACUUCUGAUAUGGAGGCAACAAAAAAAAGGAAGAAAGAGCUCUGAGAUACAUCAGCAGUCUGAUAUGUCCAUCAUCUACAGCAACUCAGACAGCACAAUGGGCCUCUAUUCCAGAGAAGCGGCUAUAGAGAAUGUUUAUCAGCUAGAAGACACUGAAGAACCAGUGUAUCAAUGUCCCUGAUUUUUUGUACGAUUUACAUACUUAAAUGUUGAGCAGCAUUAGUAACAUGUUAGCAAU